AUGAUCACUUGGAAAACUCAAAGACGACAUAUCGGGAAUUUGAUCUUUUGGAUUUUAUUCUGCUUUCUUAGCUGGCAUUUCUUUGACUCUCAUUUUCAAAAUCAGCAAAAGCAAGAAACGCAAAAUGACGCGAAUUUGGAUUUAAAAUGUCCUUCACGUCCUUCACCAGAGUCCGACCCUCAGAGUCCUUCACGGAUUCCUCCACAAUUCAUCCCCUACCCAAGAAGACAAAACAUGAGCCAUUGCGUUCCGACAUUUGGCAAAAUCAACAUCUUCAUAGCUUACAAAGCUGGAGCACUCAAGGAUCACUACCAUGUAGCUCUUUCAUCGUGGAGAUGCUACUUAAAAAGCACUAACUAUACGUUGGUUCUCGUCGACGUCGACAAUGAUCCUCGUGUCACUUCGAAAUGCAGUCAAUAUAAAGAGUUCAUGUUUCUUCGACAUUGUGCUUUGUUGCAGUAUAUGAGCGAGGCCGAUUGGACUAUUGCAAUGGAUGCGGAUACUGGUGUGAUCAACCCGGAGCAUUGUAUCGAAGAGUACAUCGAUCCGAGAGUCCCACUGAUCUUUCACCAACGAUUCCACAACUACGAAAUCGCCGCCGAUACAUUUAUUGUGAAAAACUCAACUUUUGCUAGAAAUUUCAUCAAAGAGUGGGCCGAUUGGGAUUUUCGGAGGCCAAAACUUCAAUUCGACAAUCGGGACAACGGCGCGUUACAUAUGCAAUUGCUCGAGACGAUUUUCAACGAGACAGCCCCAAAUGCUGUUGAGAUGUGUCGCGAGAUCUGGGUGACUCAUACCAUCGAUAUUUGGUCAUAUUUUGCGAUGGUACAAUGUGCAAAGAUGAUGAUGGGUGCGAAUCGCUUCUGGCCGGGCAAAUUGUUGAUUUAUCCAAAAGGAGAAGGGAUGACAAGAGAUGAUUGGAUUACAAAUGACCAUGGGACAAAAUUCUCGGAUCGAGAUUUUCUAUUUCAUGCCUGGAAACAUCAAUCGGUUACGCCCACCUCAGCAUACUCAUUUGAGAAAAUCCCCGACGUUGACAAAUGUGGAGUGGGCACAUUAGAGGGAUGGUAUUGGCGAAAUGGAACGAGAGUCAGUGAAAAGGAGCUUCUCGAUCUUCUCCUCAAAUCCGAAACAUAUCACAUGAAGUGGCCGGUUGAGCCCCGACAACACCAAAAAGCCCGAGUGAUUCCAUGGUUCGAAGUCUCCGAACUCAAGCGAUGUCAUCCGAAUUGCAUGGAUCGGACAAAGCUU